CAAGGGAUGAUGCGUUGGCAAGGGCUGUUCGGGCGCAGGCACUCCUCGCCGAGCCAGAACAGACCGCCAAAAGCGGGGAGCACCAACGGCACCAUCCCGACAGCGGCAAAGAGGAGAGACCCCAUGGCGUCGUCGGGGACCCAAGGGGGCGGUGACAUACCUCCCUUCCCUUUUCCACCCACCCCUCGCAUGCCGUCCACCCACCCAGCAAUCGAGAGAAUGAAUGCCGCCUUGGCCAUCCAAGCCGUAGAGAAACUGCUGAAGUUGGAGAGGGUGCAAAAGGUCUGGCAGUGGUUCACGAACCAAGCGGCACAGCAGCUGGGAGCCGGCCUGGCGACUUUUGCGAAGGGAGGUGGGACUGGAGAGACAGGAGGAUCGACGAGAACGACGGCCUCCUUCCCCGGCGACGACUGGGAGCCCCACUUCAAAACCCUGGAGGGGAUGGAGGGCACUACGGGUCAGGAGGUGAUGGUGUACAUGAUGUCCAACAACAACAACAACAACAGCCAGCUGGGAGGGAGGGGAACAGCGGGAGGAGUGGUCAUGGGCUCAGCUCCGACGACAAUCUCAGGCACCACUCCGGCAACAGCGGGCCCCUCACCAGCGACGGGCGCCUCAUCAAGCCCCGCAGCAGCUGCAGCCGCAGCCGCAGGUAUCUCGACAACGGGGCCAGCCGUCAUCCAGAGCAUGGCGCCUCCAACACCCUGGAGCCAACCAGCAGCUGCGGCCGCCGCCACAUCCACCCAGCAGCCGCCACAGGGACUGAUGCCGCCACCAGGACUGAUUCCGCCAGCAGGACUGAUGCCGCCAGCAGGACUGAUGCCGCCAGCGAACACCCAACCGAGGUCAGCACUGGGGAUCAUGCAGGGGAUCGCAUCCAAUGGGGCGUCACACACUCAACCACUAUUCGAGAACCAGUCGAUGGGCGCCUACCCGAGUGAGGCAGUGCCCACGCCAUUCACCAGCCUGACCGGAGGCAACCUGGGCGACUCGCAGCCCAAGCCCCCACAGCCAAGUGGCCAGUUUGAUAUGGGCGCGUGCCAGGCCUUAGCCACCAGUAUACAGCAGGCCAUGCAGCAGGCCGCGGUCAGUGAGAGCACGUGCUCAACCGAGUAGCGCUCGCCGAGGGGCAAUUUGUGUGGGUUCUGGUGUGUGUGGUGGUGUGCGUGUGUGUGUGUGUGUGUGUGUGCAGGCACCGGUUGUCGAUAACAGGAGCGUCUUCAGCCAGCUGAUCACCAUAUCCGACCGCAACGUCCAGUACGUGUCAGAGGUGGACAGCAUCAAAGCAGACCCUCUCUUUCUCCAGCACCCAGCUCUCGGCCGGCUGGCCGACGUGGUCAAAAGGCUGGAGGAGCAGCUGCGGUCCCAGGGACAGCUGCUGGAAGGAGACAUGCUCGCCUACUACCUAGACGGCUCCAUACAGCGCGACCUGUGCGCAGCCCUCGUCAUCGAAGUGCGCAAAGGAGGGGACAAGGACAACACGGUCUUCGGGGCACGGACAGGCAGCCUGCAGCUCACGUAUACCGACAUGAAGGAAAUGGGCCCACUCGACAUUCUCCGCACCCUGCAAAAGCUCGGCGAGAUGUACCACAAAGGGCUCCUGCCAGAGGAGCGCGAGAAAGCGCCGCGCUUCACCACCUUAUACACAAAACUCGUCGAGGGCUCCAACGUCUAUGGAGGCCAACACGUAAGUGGGCAAAGGAAUGGGAGUAGUGACGAGGGGAAGCGUCCAAGUGACACGUCGUCCAUGCGUCGCCUGUGCCGUGCACAGGUGUGGGCGCCGAGUAUGAAGAUGGCCAUUCAGCGUGCAGCAAAGCUGCAAGGCGGGCCGAUGUAUCCCAUCGUGUUCGACACGGCAUUGGUGGCCGAUGUGCGUGCGCGCGUUGAGUGGAUCGAGGGCAAGAGUGUCAUGUAGCCCCAUCCAAGUGGUGCCUCGCAGCCCUGCAAUGGGCGGCGCGACCCCGUCGGCAGCAGCAGCGGCGGCGAGUGGGUCCCCCCAGCACAACGUGCGCGUGCCGAACGGAUGUUGCCUCAACUGCGUGAGGGGCCACCGGCUGUCGCCCGACGACCCGUCAGUGAAGCACGCGUUGAAGGACUGCCCGCGGGAUCGCAUGCUCAAAUGCCCCAACACCAGGUGCGGCGGGGUGCACUCGGCGAGUGAGUGUCCGCUGAAGGCCAACACGUAGCAAGCCCGCAGGCAUGUAGUUUUCACAGCGAGGGCGCGAAGCCGACUCUCGGAUUGUGUUUAGUCGAUAGUCAGUGGAAUAGUGUCUGUGCGUGAUAGUCAUCGCAAUCGUGCAAGGCUUGAAUGCAGUGCAUAGUCGCCUCGUGCGUGACACGAAUGCAUGGACAUGGCAUCUAAACGCUACUGCC